CAGCCUUUCGUUUAGCUCGCGGCCUCGGGGUACCCGGCGGCGGCUGCGCGGCCCCAUGGAGACCAUCCGCCGGGCCUCAGGGAGCCUGGAAGCCUCGCUGGGGCUGGGGUCCGGCACGGCCUUGGCCCUGACAUGGCUGGUGGUUUUGCUGAGCGUGUACCUGAGCUUGCAGCUCUUUCAGGUGAUGUCUGGCAGCGCCCUGAAGAAGCGCCGGUCCCGGGGCAGCGCGGCGAUGAUCCUGGGCCAGUGCGGUGCAGGCAAGACCGCGCUUUUCUUCCGGCUCCGCGAUGGUGAAGAGGCGCAGACUGUGUCCUCGCUGCAGCCGCUGCGGGAUAGCUUCGCCCUCAACGCCCCGCAGGCUCCGGACCAGAAGCUGGGGCCCAUUGAGGUCUUGGACUUCCCCGGGCACAUGCGCAUGAGGGGCAAGUGCGGAGACCUGCUGAAGGAGGCCCGCUGCAUCAUCUACAUGGUGGACUCUGAAGACAAGCCCAAGCUGAAGGAUGUUGCAGAGCAUUUCUAUGAGCUCCUGACCCAUCCCGACAUGCUGGAGCUUCACGUUCCGAUCCUGCUGGCCUGCAACAAGAGCGAUUUGAGCUCGGCCCGGACGGAGAAAUUCAUCGUCGAGGAGAUCGAGCGAGAGAUCGAGCAGAUGAGGGUCUCGCGGGGUGCCACGCUGGAGGGGCAAGAUCAGGCAGAGAGCUAUUUGGGCAUCGACGGGGAGAAGUUCAAAAUGGCGGAGCAUGCGUGUUGCCCCUUCCAGACCUGCAAGAUCUCCGCCAAGAAGAACGAGCUGGAGCCCGUGUACGACUUCCUCAUGCAGCACUACACCUGAGGGGCGCCUAGCAAUGCGUAAGAAGACACACCACAACCUCGUCCUAACGCCUCCGGGCUACGUGCUGGAUUUCUGACAGCAGUCGCCUGCUGGAGAGACAGAGCGCCGGAUGCGGCCAAAGAAGCUUUUCGCAUCCGCGUCAGCUGGCCGAUCACACGAGCCCCAAAAGCGCCCAGCUUGUGGAGGCACCUCUGAG